AUGGUUCAUAUUCCACCAGCGACCUUCAGACCAUUUCUUCAUGAGACGGAUGUCCCAUGUGUCUGCGAUUAUGACUACGACGGUGGCGACUUUGCUACCUAUCCAGAGCGUAGAGGCUUCAAUAAAGAACUUCUUCUUUUAGGAAAUUUCAGCGAACAUCCCGAGGAUGAGACCGUUGCCUUCCUCCAAAGCUGGCUCUGCUUUGGCUUGCUUUCCGAGGUUACGAAACAGACAUUCGGUAUAUCCGAUCUGACAACUACCAAUGCCGAUGGCCAGUUGAUUAUUGAGUCAGAAAAGUUUCCUGGGAUUAUCGAAACGUGGGUGCGAUCGAGCUCCGCCCGUCAUCUAGAUAAAUACGACGCAAUCUUCUCUGAGGUAGCGGUCAUCAUCGAAUACUUUUCUCCAUUAUUGAUUACCUGGCAAACCAAGUACGGCGCAAAUUUAGAGACUGCAAGUGAUAUUAUUGAUGCUCAGGUUAGCAUCCUGCCGCCAUCGAUCGCUUGUUCACUAGCUCUGCUUGCGGCAUCAAUACAAACAGCAUAUCGACACCAGCAUCAAGAACAGCCUUAUGUUCGAUUCAGCAGACCCGCAUCCGAUGCAUUCGGGAUUCCAUCUCUGAUCUUCCAAAGAUUUAUCACUGCGGGGUGGUGUAUUAGCGAUGUUGCAAGGUUGUCGAGAACUUACAGCAUUACGACGCUAUACUUUGCUUCGAGCUUUCAAAGAAAUCUCCCGUCACCCGAUUUUCACGAGUAUUGUGAUUUAUUUGCUUGUUCGGCUUCCCAAGUCGAUGAUACGACUUAUGUUACCAAACAUGUGGAUGAAAGCUGUGGGUGUGACCAUAUGGAAUCGGCGCUCGAUGAUGUAAAGAAGGCUUUGGACAACGGUGGGAUUCCGGCUACUAUUGUGAAGGGUGAUAUUGCGAGCGGUGGUGAGAAAGGCUGGUUGGAAGCCGUUUCGUUUGAAGAUUGCAAGGCGGUUGCGCUGUCCCAUGUUUGGUCAGAUGGACUUGGGAAUGUGAGCGCGAACUCGAUACCAGAGUGUCAAGUGCGGCGGCUCAAGGGGUUAAUUGAUAGACUUUACGAGAUUUCGCCUCCAAAAAGCUCCUUCUCGGGGUUCUUUAAGAAGAAGAAAAAUAAGGAUAUCGGAUUGUGGUUGGAUACGCUGUGUAUUCCAUUGGAGAAGGAUUACCGAAAACUUGCGAUCAAGAAAAUGGUGGAUACAUACGGGAAAUGCGAUCGGGUGCUCAUGAUUGAUGCGGAACUAACUCAAAUAUCUAUGGAUCAGAUUCCAAAACGAGAACUGUUAAUCCGAAUCGCAGGAUCAAAUUGGAUGAGGAGAAUGUGGACAUUACAGGAAGCGGCGCUGAAUAUCGAACAUUUGUAUGUUCAAUUCGCGGAUGGGGUGUUGGAGUACCAUGACGAAGCUGUAACUCUUACACGCGCGUGGGAAAGGCGAAAGUGGGCAUACGAAGCCAUUGAUACCGACGCGGGGGUACACAAUUAUGAAUUCUCUGCGAUGCACGGCGCAUAUACGAAGGAUAACUGGCGUUCUGCGGGGCAGUCUGCAGGUCUGGCGCUCUCGGGGUUCGCUGGAAGAAAUACAACGAAACCUGGUGAUGUUUACUUGUGUCUGGGAGGCAUGAUGGAUUUGGAUCUUAUGGAGAUUAUCAAGACACCAGAAGAUGAAAGGACCGAGAAGAUUUUAACGAUGAUGAAGUAUUACCCCAAGAGUAUCAUUUUCUCGCCAGGUCCGAAGGUGGAUAUGGCUGGCUACGGAUGGGCUUGUCAGACUUUUUGGAAGUCGAAGAUUUUGAGUUCAGCUUUCUCCGAUGCCAUGAACCCAGCGGAGAUGACUGAGAAGGGGCUGAGACUAGAGUACCAGGGUUAUGUUAUCAACCCGGUGAAGUUGCCGGAGGGAUACUUAAUCAUGAACUCGAAGAAACAGGGUUUGUGGAUCAAAGUUACCUAUGACCCCACGGAUCCGGCUGGGAUUUCAAGUCGGGUCGCAAGAGCCGAACAUGACGAAGGGUCAAUGGAUCUGGGACUUAUUGUCCCUGAGCGGGAUGUGGCGAGGAAAGGACCCGGCGCUGGUAGCCCUGCGCUCCUAGUGUCGAUCUAUAAACGGGCCGGGUGGAAGGAUUCGUUCAAAGAUUCGGAAAACUCCACAGCUAUCUAUACAAAGGCCCUUUGUACAGUUUUCCUUACGACGGCUACCACCUCGGAUAUUGAAGCAUAUACUGAGGCAGGGAAUGAGGUUGCAGAUGGCAAGAAGCCUAAUGAAAGUGCUAAUACGAGUAGUGUAAUUUAUCAAGGCCAGAUAUGGUUCAUUGCAUAA